GUUCUACGUUGUUACUGACUGACAUGUUGCGAUAUGUAUAUGGAUUCACGCCUUAGUGAUCGCCGAAUUGUCUGCUUUUCGCAUAAAUUUAAUUUGAAUUGCUUGAUAAUUGUUAGAUAAGCUAGUCAUGAGUUCUCGAACUUGCACUACGAUACUACUGGACUGUAAUAAGGUCCAUGGUAUACAGCAUUUUCCCACAAUUGAAGAAUACUUUGGUUUUUAUAAGUGAUUUCUCAGUCCUAUAGGACAGGUUGUUGUCGACAUGUGUCCUGAAAAGUUACAUCUAUAUAAGUACAGACUAGUAUCCUUGAUUCUUUACCAGGCCUAAGUGGUUAUAUAAGGGAUCUCAAAACAUAUAAGUGUGUUUACUUUAGAAUAAAAUAGCGUUGGAAAUCAGUCGUUUUUCCCACCAUGAUGCAUUGUGUUCGAACUCGUGUACACUACAUCACUGCAUUGUCGAAUGGGUCUGGCUCCUCCGAUUUUGUUGGACCUCAUCUUCAUGUGAAGAUAACACACAAAACUGAUGGAUUUAAAUCUUCCUAAAUUUUCUGCAAAUAGAGUUACUUCGGAGUUAUCCGUUAGGAAGUUGUUACUUGGUAUCUUUUUCAAGUUGUCCACGCAAUCUCAUUAAUCUGAUUAUACUUUGUGUAUCGUUUUUGUAUUAGUAUUAUUACUCACUAUAGCCUAUACCAAUUAGAUUGGGAAUUCGGAUCACAAUAUUACUGAGAGCAUAUUUAGGUUUCUUAGAACAGUUGGCGUAUACAUAAAAAUAAAAUUGAAUCAAAAUAGUAGUGAGUGGACGCCACAGUAGACUGAAGUAGCAAUUGUACUGGCUUAACACAGAAAUUAGAAUUUCACUUGCACAAAAUUUCGUGCAAUCGUAGAAUCACCCGGAGUUGCAUUGUAUAUGUCCAUCCUGAAAUGAAUAGAAAUAUAUCCAAAGUCUUCAAUGAUGUGUUUUAAAUUUUAAUCAAUUGGUAAAACGAUAGAAUAGGACUAACAGUUCGAUAGACUAAAAAAAACAAAGGCAUUGUAAAGAUAUACGUAUAAGGGAUUAAAGUUAAUCACAUAAUUUAGGGAAUAGGAUUUGAUUGUAAAUCCAAUAGUCCAGUGUCCGAUCAGAGUAUACGGUUAUGUAAAUCAACAUGUUCGGACUAGUGUAGAAUAAUUACAUUAAUUUCGAGUAGCCAACAAUUGGUGCUAUUUAGCUCUACAGAGUAAUUACCUUGUUCUCUAUACUCAUUCGUUGAUUUCUUUCCUGAAGUUUUUGUUAAGCAUCACUCCACAUUCAACACUAAACUUAUCUGACUAUUCAUUUAAGUGUGCUUUUAGCUUGAUGUUUUUAGUGAUAUUUAAUUUAUUUCAAAUCGGUUUCAUUUUUAUCUGACUUAAGAUGGUCAACCCUAUAAGAAUGGAAAUUGAUCUAACUACUCAAGUGGCUGAAGCUGCAAAUAUUGAUCGGAAUCUAGUCAGUCGUGUGAUUCCAAUGUUUGAAAAUGGUUAUACUGUGCCAUUUAUUGCACGUUAUCGAAAAGAAAUAACUGGAGGUGCAGAACCAACAGUGUUGCAUAGACUGAAGGAAAAAAUGAAUGACUGCAAAAUGCUUGUUGAUAAAAUCGAGAAAUCACUCCAGUUUUUUGAUAAGAGUGGAUUACUAACGAAUGAAUUAUCGCAACAGUUAAUGAAAUGCAAAACAACUGAAGAUAUUAAGCUUUUGGGAAGUUUAUGA